AUGCACGUUCUCAGCACUCUGAUUCUGUCCUCCGUCGGACUUGCUUCUGCAUUUGACGUUCCCGCCAAUUUGCAAGCAAUCUACGAUGCCCACAAGUCUGGCGACUGCAAAAAAACACUUUCCUCCGGAUAUGACGAUGGAACCAAGGGCACCACCGAUAUGGGCUAUUGCGGUGACAUAGAUGGCGUCAUCUUCUUGCACAGCACGAAGGGAGCCUACGCCGACAUGGAUAUCGAUUGUGAUGGCGUUAACCGAUCCGCCGGAGAUUGCGCCAAUGAUGGAAGUGGUCAAGAUGAAACCGCUUUUAAGAGCGAGGUGGCCGACUAUGGCAUUGAGGACCUGGAUGCCAACCUCCACCCCUAUGUCGUCUUCGGAAACGAGGGCAGCAGCCCUUCAUUUAUGCCCGAUGAGCACGGUAUGGAGCAUCUGAGUGUGAUGGCUGUUGUGUGCGGUGGCAAGCUGCACUACGGUAUCUGGGGUGAUACCAACGGCGCCACUUCCACCGGAGAAGCCUCCAUCUCUCUGGCUAAGCUCUGCUUCCCCAAUGAGGGCAUCACCGGUAAUAGCGGACACGGCGAUAAGGAUGUCCUAUACAUUGGCUUCACUGGAACGGACGCAGUUCCUGGAUCUGAUGCAGACUGGUCUGCCAAGGACAGCAAGACCUUUGAAGCAAGCAUCAAGUCUCUUGGUGAUAAGUUGGUCGCGGGUCUUGGGGGCUCCACUGACUCCAAGGUUACUACCGGAGGCUCUGCAGCUUCAUUUGUCACAUCCGCGAAGGCUACAACUAGCAUCAAGGACAAAUCCACAACUUCCACCACGAAGACGAAGACCCGCACUCUUUCCAGCACUCCUGCUAGCACUAAAACCGGGAGCUCCUGCCGUCAGGACUAA